AUGGAUCCUGAUAAAGUUAAAGCUUUACUGGAGUUUGUAAGUUGUUCUUUAUAGUACUAGCAGUAUAAACAUCGUUUUUAGUGCCAGGUUAUGCCAAAAAAGGAGGAUUCGGAGCGGUAUGAAGAGCUUGGGAUCAAAGAGACGGCCGACAAAUGCUUCCGCGAUAUGAUUGGCUUCAUGUAAGUUGAUUUCCUUUGUUUUGUUUUUGAUUUAGGUACAUCCUUAAAUUCUCUACAUUGUUUGAAGCCUAUUUUUUAGUAAUGUUUUAUCAAAUGUUUCAAAAACGAUCAAAGUUAUAUUGUUUUAGAGAUGGUAGUACGCUCCAAGGCAAAAUCGACACAUUUGACGAUGCUCAUGGUUUGAUUAUGGAAUACUUGGGUAUUAAGGACGAUGGCUUAGUUAAGUUGUAUUGGCAGUUGAACCUUGAAGAAGCGAAGGUGGGAGACCAAGUUGAGAUGCUCAAGGUAGGUUAAUGUAAAUUUUGAUCUCAAAGCUUUAGUAUUACGAUAAAAGUUUUAAGCGGUGCAUUUUUUGUAAUUUUGAAAUGGAAAGACGGUUAAUUUAUGUUAUUUUAGUACUUCGUGGCUUUGGUUUAUCUGAGCCACCUAUUACAAGGGAACGUUUGUGCUGACAGAGCCGACAGAAUGAAUUGGGUUUCUAGACUUCACAUAGAGCACAUUGUAAGUAUUUCAAGCAUUUACCUAAAUUUUGGUUUGUUUUCAUUGUUCCAGAAAAAAGUUAUCGUUGUAUAUUGUGGUAGGUAUCAUCUAUUGGCUUUGACUAAUGUUUUUUGUAGUUUUUGUGGAAUUUGAAUGUGAGAUUGAUUGUCAGAGAGGUGUUUGGUAAUUGUGAUUUAAACUGAUGAUAAAAAUCAAAGAGUUUUGUUUUUUAAAGGUUUCUAUUGAUCAAAAAUGAAUAUUAUUGUAGAUAUCUUACCUAUCCGAUCCCUCCAAAUGGAAAGAAGAUGAUUUUGCUAAAAUUUUGAAAAUGCCACUAAACGAGGCUAAUACCCAUCAAAUGAAGAAGACAUUGGAGCGGGUGAAGUUAUCAACUCCAAGAAGAACACCGUUCAAGCAAACCGAGAACUUCCUAGGGUUGAACACAAGUUUCUCGAGUUCACCGACAUCGAUGUUUAUGAACUCGCCGAGAAUCAAGGAGAAGAUCUUUCUCGAAGUGAAUAAGCAAGUAAAGAAGGAGAAAGAAGAAUAUGAAGGGUAUUUCAAAGCCGAAUACGAUCGGAUUCUUCAAGAAUGUGAUGCCAAGGAACGAGAAAUUGUGAAACUAAAGGCGGAGAAGGAGAAGUAAGGUUGGGCUAUGUAGUAUAAGAUUAGAAAAGGGUGUUUUAUAUUGUGCUAUAUGAACAUAAGGAAAAAUUUUGUGUUAAAAAGCUAAAAUAAGGCGAAAUGAUAUUGUUUUAGACCAAAAAAGGCUAGUUUUGAGACGUUUUUGAUCAUAAUUUGUUGUUUAAAGCUAAAACAUUUUAUUGUAGGAUUCAGCAGAAGAUGAAAGGCAUCUGUGAUGGUAACUGUGAAGCCGCGAAGAAGCUGGGCAACCUUGAAUUCAGCUACAACGUCCUAAAAACUCGAAACGAAUCUCAAAACGCGGUAAUCGCAGCUUGUGAAGAACAACAUGAAAAGGACAGAAACUUUAUUUCCACUUUGUCAUCUGAAGUCUUUGAUCUGAAACAACGAUGCGAACUCAUCAACGAUCAAAAUGAAAUCAUCGAUGACUUGAAGAAGGACCUAAAGACCAAGAAUGAGGCCAUGGAUAACAUGAGAUUAGAGAAAAGGGAAUUGGAAGCCCAAAUCAGACGACAGGACAAGGAACUUAGGAAGAAGAUUGAAGAGUCUGAACAGAAAAACUACGAAAAAGCGAUGGAAGAGUUCAAGGAAAGAGAAAACAAGCUGAUAACAGAGUUGGACAAGGUCAAAGAUGAAGUAGAAGAGCUGGCGGAGAAGAAUAAGGAGCUAGAAGAGAAGGUUCGAGGGGUCAACAAGGAGAAUGAGGAUUUUAAAGAAGAGGUACAAGGUCUGAAGGAGAAGAACAAAGAGCUAGAAGGGAAAGCAAAGGCAAUGAAGAAGGAGAAUGAAAGCAACAAGGAGAAGAUAGAAGCUCUGAUGAAGGAGAAGGAUAAGUUAGAAAGUGAGCUAAAAGAAAAGAAGGAGGUAGAAGAGAGAAUGAAGGUAAUUGAAAAAGAAAAUGAAGAUUAUAAAGAAGAAGUAGAAGACCUAAAAGAACAGAAAAAGGAAGUAGAAGAUAAGCUAAAGGCUGUUGAAAAGGAGAAAGAUGACUUCAAGGAUAAGAUUCAAGGCUUGGUUGAAGAGAAUAAGACAUUAGAAGGCAAAGCUGAGGAAGUUGAAAAGGAAAACGAGGCUAUCAAGGAUAAGGUAGAAGGCUUGAUGAAGGAGAACAAUGAAUUGGAAGAUAAAUUGAAGGCGAUUUGCAAGGAGAAUGAGGAGUUAAAGGUAAGGAACUUGUUAUAGUGCGAAGAAAGACAGUUUUUAUAAAGGAAAUAGACUUUUUUGAAAUUUUAGGUAACAAAAACUUAUAUUUUUUAAUUUUUGACUUUAUUUUUCAUUUUUUGUAGGUAUAGCAAAUUGAAAAGUGCUGUUUUUCGUUACGUUUAGGUAUUUUUCGUUACGUUUAGGUAACAAAAAAUGAAUUUUUAAUUUUUUUGAUAGAAAUUGGGGUUUUUAUUAGGUAUAGUCAAUUUUAGGUAACAAAAAUGACAUUUUUUAAGUUUUCAUCAAAAUUCUGGCUUUUCAUAGGUAUAGCAAGUUGAAAAACGAUGGUUUUAUUGAUUUUAGGUAACAAAAUUAGUUUUUGGUAUUUUAGGUAAUAAAAAUGACAUUUUUAACAAAAUUGAAUUUUUUUCAAAAAUAAUCUUGCUUAUAUUACAGAAGCAGACACUAGAAGCCGCAUCUUCAGAAGAAUUGGAAGACCUCAAGGCCAAGAACAGAAGCCUAAAGGCCGAAUUUGAUUGCCUCAAAGACAAUUUGGCUUCGGUUUCAGGAAAAACAAAGAAGUUACAACAAAGAAUUGACGAUUUGAUGGAGGAAAACGAGACUUUGAAGGUAAGAAUGAGGUUUUUCAGUAUUAUAUGAUGGGUGUUUUGAAGAAAAAUGAGUCUUUUUAUAUGGCCCUAAGGGUAUUCUUGUUAAAAAUUGAAUUUUUUGGUAUAAUAUUAAGGGUUUUCUGGCUAAAAAUAUGAUUUUAGGCCUCAAACGCCCACCAAACCGAAACCAGCGAAGAGAACAGCAAACUGACGGCUGAAUUAUCAUGUGCCAGACAGAAUUUGAAAAACCAAAAUGUCGAAAACUUGGAGUUGAAGAAGAAGGUCGAGGAGUUGACAAAUAAAAACGAGGAUUUGAGGGUGAGAUAGGCUUUAUAAAUUGAAGUUUUUGAGAAAUUUCAGGGUAAGAUAUAGCCAAUAGAUUGUUGUUUUUGGGUAGAAAUAGUGCAGAAUGACCUGAAUUUUAUGUUUUUAGGGUUGAUCUUGGUGAAAAAUUGAUGUUUAGGUAUGAAAAAAGGGGUAAAGCUAGAAGUUUAGGUAUGAAAAUAUAAAAAAUAGUGAAAUUUUUGAUACAAAAACAGGAUAAAGUAAAGGGAGGGAGUUUAGGUAUAAAACGAAGCAAAAUGUUAACGAUUAGGUAUGAAAAGUGCUAAAAAAGUGAAGUUCAGGUUUAAAAAAUGAAAAUUUAGGUUUGAAAUUUGGAUAAUAUGUCCUUAAUGACGAUCUUAUUUUAGCUCGAACUGGAUGAAGUGAAGUCAGAAGUGAAAGAACUUGAAUUUUUGAAACGGAAAACACCCGCCAAAAAGUUUUGUUCUUCAAAUCAACGUAAGUUUUGUUAAAAUCAUGCUGAUUACAAUAGCCUUUGGUAAAUAUUUUGAUACAUGGUACGAUUGUGGUACUAAAUAGUAUCAAAAGAAGACGUAUGAUAGCAACAGUACUAAUAUUUAAAUUUUUUUUAAAUUUUACGAAAAAAAUGUUUAAAAAACCGAAAUCUGCCACUUUAUAGCAAUUGAAUUGGUGUUAUAUUCAGAAGAUGAGCUCACAUACGCCCGGUCCAUCACUAACCUUAAAACGGAUCCGGAGUAUCAGGAACAGCUGGCUAUUACACCUAACAGGUAAUUAUUGGGGAUUCUAUGGACUUUUUGACUGAAGACCAUAAAUCAUUUUUCUACGUACUUUUUGACCGACCACUAAAAUUUUUUUUCUAUAAACUUUAUGGCCAAAAAAUCAUUUUUUCAUUUCCAGAGUGAAAGAACUACAAGAACGGAACGCCCGCAACCCUCCCCACAUGCGAUCCCACUACGUGACCGAACUCUUCUACGACAAAGGAUCUCCGACCGUUGCUCUACCCAAGAAACGGUAA